UAGGGUUCAACAUGAACGACAAGCACUUCCCAGUCGAAGCUAAGCCUCGUCGGCGGGUGUUGCGUCAGCUAAAUUUAGCUUUAACGCGGUGGAUGAUGUGUCUGCCAAAUUUUGCUAUGCUGACGUUGCGUGAGCCUAAUUCUGCAUCGCCGAUUAUCCUCCCCGACGAACUGAUUGUAGAAAUCAUCUCCUGGCUCCCAGUGAAAACUCUAAUGAAAUUCAGGUGCGUGAAUAAGUUCUUCAAAACUAUCAUCACCGAUCCUCACUUCGUUCAAAUGCAUCUCAAGAAAUCAUCACGAAAUCCACAUGUAGCACAAUUCUGGCGUCCCGAUUUUUCGAAAGAAACCAGUUUUGUAACUCUCUCCAUUCCUGAUUUGCUUCAAACAAAGAUUACUCAACUUCACGAUAGUCCUUUCCAUGAUAGAUUGAACAAUUAUUAUUUAAAUGGAAGGGGACAGGUUAUUGGUUCAUGUAAUGGAUUGAUAUGCUUUAUUUAUUAUUCAUUCUAUUACCGUACUACUGACUGUCUUUGUUUCUGGAAUCCGGCUAUGAGAACGGUGUCUGAAUUUACUACAACAGUUUGCCGUCAGCGUUGUGGGUGUUGUGUAAAGUACUCUUUUGGUUAUGAUAAUUCAGCAGGAACUUAUAAGGUGGUAGCGUUCCAUGUAGUGGAGAAGGAGAAGCAAAAUGGUAUGAAUAAUCCAAAAAGUGUGGUGAAAGUUUUCACCUUGGGGGAUAAUUCUUGGAGAGACAUUCAAUGUUUCCCUGUGCUUCCAUUAUACUGGUCUGACUAUGACAAGAACAGUGGUGUGUAUAACAAUGGUGUAUAUUUGAGUGGUACUAUUAAUUGGUUGGCCCUUCGCAAUUACUUUGGGUCGUAUAAUGAACCUGAUUGGUUUAAAGGUGUUACUGUUGAACAAUAUGUGAUUGUUUCGCUAGAUCUCUCAACCGAGUCAUACACUCAGAUGAUGCUUCCUCGCGGUUUUGUUGAGGUGCCACCACGACGUUUUCAGCCAAAGAUUGUGGUUUUGAUGAAUUGUCUCUGUUUUGGUCAUGAUUUUGAGAGAAGUCACUUUGUUAUAUGGAAAAUGAAAGAUUUUGGAGUUCAAGAGUCUUGGGUUCAAUUGUUUAGAAUUAGAUAUGAGACUUUCUUUCCAAGAGGCCGGAAGUAUAUUUUUGAGCCGUUGAAUUUUUUGCCAUUGUACCUUUCUAAGAAUGGUCUUACGUUUAUAUUCGCAACAGAUGAAGGAGGUUUGGCAUUUCUCUAUAAUUGCAUAGACAAUAAAAUAGAGAAAAUUAGACCUACAAAUAGAAUUUGGUGGCUGUGGGUUACGAAUCACAUUGAAAGUUUGGUUCCGACAAGUUGAA